AUGGCUGCUGUUCUUCUCUUGUUGUUUACCAUGCUAAAAUUAUCAGCUGGUUUAAAGUAUGAAGUAAUACGAACUAGAUCUGGAUCUGAUAAGAUAAUUUUUAAAACAAACAAAACUGGUAUCUGCACGAAAUACGGUGCAACAUAUUUUGCGAAGACAGAAGAAACAACCACAUGCAUCUGCUCACCAGGAACGACAUUUUAUAGCGUGCAUUCUGAGUUACCUGCUUGUCAUUCAUCCAGUGCUAAUAACUUAGGGUGUGGUUGCGUUGGAAAAUGUAUGUCUCUUAUCACAGCAGAACUGUCAAUGAAUAGAAUAUUCCCUAAGCCGGUAGUGUGGUGUAAUCAGACUAAACCAAGGAGUUUUAAGGUUUCGAAAAAGUCAAUUGCUCCACCUUACGAAAUAAUACGACAGCAAUCUGAGCCUGACAAAGUCGUCUUUAAAACAAGCCAAUCUGAUAUUUGUAAGACAUAUGGUGCAACAUAUUUUGCAAAGACAGUAGAAACAAUCACAUGUGUCUGCUCACCAGGAACUACAUUCUAUAGCGUGCAUACAGAGUUACCUGCUUGUCACUCAUCCAGUGCUGACAAUUUGGGAGGUUGUGGCUGUAUUGGACAAUGCAUGGGUCUAAUUACACCAGAGUUGUCGAUGAAUAGAAUUUUUCCAUCGCCGGUAGUUUGGUAUAACCGCACACAGCCUAAAUACAUAAUUAAAAAAUGGGCAAUGGAUGGGUGGAAAGACUUUUCACGACCAAAUGAUAUGUCGCUAACAUAUUCAGUGGAAGAGGGAAAAGGAGUAUUGAGAUUCCGUGUAAGCAGUCCUGUCUUUGUGUCUUUGACGAUUUCACAAUUUACUUUGAUUAGAGAAAUAAAAAAUAAAUUUACUUUCUUUUUUUCUUUUCUUUUUUACGAAUGUUUUUAUUAAUACAUGUUGUUUAUCUCUAGGGAUUUUAUAGUCGUACAACAACGCAGCAAAUGCGAUACACUUUUAUUUACUUUGUUGUUGCGACAAGCGGGUGAUUGUUUUCCGGAAGACGACAACAAUUAUGAUAUUAUGUCAAAAUCUCUGAUACUGGAGCGGAAAUCUUUUGUUAGAGCGUUCUCUUCCAAUGCGGGAGGUCUUGGUUUCAAUUUCAGGCCGAGUCAUGCCAGAGACUGUAAAAGUGUGAAUCUAUUCUUUCUGCUUAGCGUUUAGCAUGAUAAAAAGAUUGAUAACUUAGGCGGUUAUCUAGUUGAAGGAUUACUUUCGUAGCUCAAUGGAAGCUUUAAUUGCGCUAGGACCCCCUUUGCACGACCCU